AUGGUGCGAGACCAGUCUGUGCUGACGCAGCACAAGUUUGCCGUGACAGGUGUUUUAUUGCUUGGCGUCACAGUGCUGCUGGAUGCCGCCCGCAGGUUUCGCUCCAGGAGAAAGCCUGGUGAUUCGAUCCCUUGCCUGCCAGGUGCGUGGCCAAUCGUGGGCCACUUCUUCACCCUCAGGCGAUAUUGCCGAGAGAACGCAAACUUGGCGAUGGGACGGUGGGCUGUGGACGUGGCAAGAACGCAAGGCUUGCCGAUUUUCAGAGCCGCCCUCAUGGGCUUUGACUUGGUCUGGGUUUCCGAUCCGGAUCUAACAGAGGAGAUCUUUCAGGGGGACCCGCACAGGUACACCAAGGAUUUCUCGCAGAUGCCACUAGGUGGAGACCUGUUCGAGUUUUCCUUCGGAAACGGUAUGUUCUUUGCCGCGACCGGCGAUGCAAAGUGGGAGAUCCCGCACAGGAUCCUCAAGACGCCCUUCUCUGUCCGAGGCAUACGUGCUAUCAUGCCGAUGAUGCGCGAGCAAGCAGACAAGCUAGUCGCAGCCUUGAAGCGUGACGUCGGCCAUGGUGGAAGCACGUACAUCGAUGCGUGGGUGACGAAGAUGGCCUUCGAAACGAUCGCAGUUUGUGGGCUGGGCACGUCCUUCGGGUGCUUCGAAGAUGACCAGACGCACCCGUUCAUCGAUGCGCUCAACGAGACGGUUGCAGCCUUGGAUCCUUUGGGCCGGUGCCCGGCCAUCCUCAGGCCAUUGCUUUGUCGUGAUCUCAUGAACAAGUACUUUGCUUCGUCCAAAAGCAUCCGUGACACUUGCCGUGAUGUGAUUCGGCAGCGUCGUGGAGCAGGCAGCGUUCGCGAGAGCCGGAAGGACCUUCUUGACAUGAUGCUGAAUGAUGUGGAUGCAAAGACAGGUCAGAGCAUGACUGAGGACAUGAUUGUCGACAACGUGCUCACUUUUCUGUUCGCUGGUCAAGACUCCACCGCAGCGGCUAUGGGCUCGUGCCUUUGCUUCUUGUGCUCUUUCCCGGAGUGCAAGGAGCGACUCAUCAAGGAGAUCGACGAGGUGGUUGGCAAUGGCCAGUUGGAGUGGGACCAUCUGGGAAAGUUGCAGUAUCUGGAUUGGUGCCUGAAGGAGACACUCCGCCUGGCACCUCCAGCGCCCAUCAUCUUGCGGCAGUCAACUCAAGCUGCCGAAGAGCAGCUUCUGGGAGGAAGGUGGCGGAUGCCUGCGCAGAUGCCGGUGCUCAUCAACGUCAUGGCCCUGCACUACAGUCAAGCGCUCUGGGGAGCUGAUGCUGCAGAAUUCCGCCCCGAGCGCUGGGAGCAUGGCCAGCCGCACAAGUUUGCGUACAUGCCGUUUGCUACGGGUCCGCGCCAGUGCAUCGGCAGAGAGUUCACGCUGGUGGAACAGAAAGUCACCAUGGUCAAGUUCUUCCAGAACUUCGACCUUCGCCCAGCAGACACCACGCAGGUUGAAGAAGGCUACGUGCUCGUGGACCACGAGAGUGCCAAGCAUCCUCCCUUCCUUACAAUUGACACGCAAGUCAAGAAGGACAACGGCGCCUUCUUGGGCUUCUUCAGCACCUUCCAGCUGCUGGAGCGAGGGCAGGAAGGCGGUCCUGCAUUUUGA